UUUUCCAAAUGAAGCAGAGAGUGUUUCAGAAUCGGGACAUCCAUAGGGAUACCAAGGUGCUUGCUUAUAAAGCUAUUGUUCUCCCAACCCUGUUAUAUGCUUGUGAAACGUGGACCUUCUACGGGUGUCACACUCAACUUCUGGAACAAUUCCAUCAGCGUUGCCUCCAAAAAACAUCAUGCAAAUCUCUUCAGAAGACAGGAGGACAAAUGUCAGCAUGCUGGAAGAACCACAGACCACCAGCAUUACACCAGUUACUAUACUCGCAAAUCAAAAACGGGAAAUGGAAUAUUGGUGGACAGGAAAACAGAUUUAAAGAUGGGCUCAAAGCCAACCUUAAAAACUGUGGUAUAGACACUGAAACAUGGGAAGCCCUGGCCCUUGAGCGCUCUAAUUGGAGGUCAACUGUGACUAGCAGUGCUGCAGAAUUUGAAGAGGCACGAAUGGGAGAAUGCGAUCCUUUAGGUUGCACCAUGGUUGAAAAAGUCAUUUGGAGAACAUCCAGUCCCCUCCUUCGAAGCGGAUGCACGGACGAUAGACAUUCUGUAUGAGCUGGCCGAAUGCAAUGAGUCCAGAGAUGGAGACGUCAAUUUAUUAAUUGAAGACAUGAAGCAGAAAGCGGCUGAAUAUGAAUCUGAUGGUAGCUAUCUACAGGACCUUCUGACUGAGAGUCUCAACCUUUCUUUCAGCAGCUUGUCAAAAAUGAGCACCAGCUACCUGAACAACUUGGUGGAUGUAGCUCUGGCCCUUGAAACGAAGGACACAUCCCUCGCGAGCUUCAUUCCUGCCAUCAAUGACCUGACUUCAGAUUUGCAUGCAACAGAAUCGAAAAACAAAGACAUGGAGUUUAAACUGAGCAACCUGAGGAAAAAGCUCACAUCCGCGCUAGUGCUGGAGAAACGUCUUCAGGAUGACCUUGUCAAAACAGAAGAACUUUUGGUGGUGGAAAAAGCAAAGGCUGAGAACCGGACCCAAAACAUGAAGUUCCUGAAAGACAAAUCAGAGGAUAUGAAAUCCAGAAUUGAAGCAUCAGAGAAGCAACUGUCUUCAAGUGGGCUAGAGGCUUCCCUGACACAUGCAUCUCUAGUGAAGCUUUCAGAGAAACUGGCAGAAAUAAAGAAGGAAACUGCACCUUUGGAAAAGAAACUGGAGUCCUACUUGGACCUGCCACCUAGCGCUAGUCUUGCUAAAGUGAAAAUUGAAGAAGCAAAGAGGGAGCUGGCAGCGCUUGAGGCAGAGUUUUCAGCCAAGGUGGAUAUGGCCGUACUUUCAGUCCCUUUCUCUACCAAACGACCGUUCACUUAAUUGCCCCGGUACCAUUUUUUUUUAAAAGGAGGCAAUUAUGAAUUUUGUCGACAGUGGUGCCUUGACUUCGGAUGUCGCUAUUUCACCUUAUUCAACACUUUGUCUCUUUUUUGACAAAAGCAGUUUUAAAAGACAAUUGCAGCUUUGUAUUUUGUAUUUAACUUUCUUCCAUUUUUCCUACAAAAAUGUUUCCUUGAUCGGUCCUUCUCGACGAAUGUAUACAAUAAACUUUUGUAGUAACCUGA